CAAAACUUUGCGCCUUCGCAUUUGGCAGUCUGAAUUCCAGGCUGCCUCCUCGGAAGGAGUCCUGGGCCCUUGAGCGAUCCCUGGGCGGCUACGGGCCUCUCUUCCCCCACUCCAAUGAGGCUGGGGGCUCGGGAGACGGUGGGCAGCUGCUUAGCCAAGCAGCUGCCACGAUGCCCCUCAACGUGAGCUUCGCCAACAGGAACUAUGACCUGGACUACGACUCGGUGCAGCCGUAUUUCAUCUGUGACGAGGAGGAAAACUUCUACCAGCAGCAGCAGCAUAGCGAGCUGCAACCCCCGGCGCCCAGCGAAGAUAUCUGGAAGAAAUUCGAGCUGCUGCCGACCCCGCCCCUGUCCCCCAGCCGCCGCUCGGGCCUCUGCUCGCCCUCCUAUGUGGCCGUCGCCUCUUAUUCCCCCAGAGGGGCCGACGGCGGUGGCGGCGGCGGCUUCUCCACGGCCGAUCAGCUGGAGAUGGUGACCGAGCUGCUGGGAGGGGACAUGGUGAAUCAGAGCUUCAUCUGCGACCCGGACGACGAGAGCUUCAUUAAGAACAUCAUCAUCCAGGACUGCAUGUGGAGCGGGUUCUCGGCGGCCGCCAAGCUGGUGUCGGAGAAGCUGGCCUCCUACCAGGCUGCGCGCAAGGACAGCGGCAGCCCGAGCCCGGCCCGCGCGCCCGGCGGCUGCUCCACGUCCAGCCUGUAUCUGCAGGACCUGAGCGCCGCCGCGUCCGAGUGCAUCGACCCGUCCGUGGUCUUCCCCUACCCGCUCCACGACGGCAGCUCGCCCAAGCCCUGCGCCUCGCCCGACUCCGCCGCCUUCUCCCCGUCCUCUGACUCUCUGCUCUCCUCCGAGUCCUCCCCGCGGACCAGCCCCGAACCCCUGGUGCUCCACGAGGAGACACCGCCCACCACCAGCAGCGACUCAGAAGAAGAACAAGAUGAGGAAGAAAUUGAUGUUGUUUCCGUGGAAAAGAGGCAACCUCCUGCUGAAAGGUCAGAACCGGGGUCAUCCCCUGCUGGAGGCCACAGCAAACCUCCCCACAGCCCACUGGUCCUCAAGAGAUGCCACGUGUCCACCCACCAGCACAACUACGCGGCGCCCCCGUCCAUGCGGAAGGACUACCCCGCCACCAAGAGGGCCAAGCUGGACAGUGGCAGGGUCCUGAAACAGAUCAGCAACAACCGCCGGUGCGCCAGCCCCCGGUCUUCCGACAGCGAGGAGAACGACAAGAGGAGGACACAUAACGUCUUGGAACGGCAGAGGAGAAACGAGCUGAAAAGAAGCUUUUUUGCCCUUCGUGACCAGAUCCCAGAGUUGGAAAACAAUGAAAAGGCUCCCAAGGUAGUCAUCCUCAAAAAAGCCACAGCCUACAUCCUGUCCGUCCAAGCAGAAGAGCGCAGGCUCAUCUCCGAGAAGGACUUGUUGAGGAAGCGGCGAGAACAGUUGAAGCACAGACUGGAACAGCUGCGAAACUCUGGUGCGUAGACGGACAGACGGACCUGUGGUAAGGAGGGAGCCGAGGCCCUCCCCAGCUCUGCCCCUCACUAAGGGAAAGGAAGGAGAAAGGUUCCUUCCCACCAAACAACUCCAACUCAUUGCAAAUGAACUUUCUUCAAAAUGCAUGUUCGAAGUGCGACCUCACAACCUGGGCUGGGUCUUAGGACUGUAAGCUUCAGCCAUAAUGUUAACUGCCUCAAACUUUGGGCAUAAAAGAACUUUUUUUUUAUGCUUGCCGUCUUUUUUUUUCCUUUUAACAGAUUUGUAUUUAAUUGUUUUUAAAAAAGAAUCUUAAAGUUUACCCACUUUUCCAGUGUAAAUAGGACCCCUAAAUGUAAAUAACUUUAAUAAAACGUUUAUAGCAGUUAUACAAGAUUUUAAGACAUGUAUUAUAAACCAUAAUUUUUUUUAUUUAAGUACAUUUUCCUUUUUAAAGUUGAUUUUUUUCUAUUGUUUUUAGAAAAAAUAAAAUAAUUGGCAAAUAUAUAAUUGAGCCAAAUUGUAA